GGAAAGAUGACCGGAAGCGAGAAGGCCCAGCACGGAAGUGCGAAACCGUCCCGGGGCGACGGCAAGAAGCAUAUCGUUCACUGGUUCCGCAAAGGACUCAGACUCCACGACAACCCGGCCCUUCGGGAGGGUCUUACAGGUGCCACGACCUUCCGGUGCGUGUUCGUUCUCGACCCGUGGUUCGCCGGCAGCACCAACGUCGGCAUUAACAAGUGGCGGUUUCUGCUGCAGUGUCUCGAGGACCUCGACCGGUCUUUGUGGAAGCUAAACUCCCGGCUCUUCGUUAUUCGCGGACAACCGGCCGACGCGUUACCGAAGCUCUUUAAAGAAUGGGGCACCACGGAUCUCACCUUCGAAGAGGAUCCCGAGCCCUUCGGACGGGUUCGCGACCAGAACAUAACGACGCUCUGCGAGGAAAUGGGCAUAUCCGUAGUGCAGAGGGUGUCCCACACGCUCUACAAACUGGACAGUAUCAUCGAGAAGAACGGGGGAAAGGCGCCCCUGACUUAUCACCAGUUCCAGAACGUCGUAGCUGCGAUGGACCCCCCUUCACCCCCCGAGGCUUCGGUAACUCCCGAAUUCACAACUGGAGCUUACACGCCCGUCAGGGUGGAUCACAACGACGUGUACGGUGUGCCCACUCUGGAGGAGCUAGGCUUCGAGACCGAGAAUUUGCGGCCUCCUGUCUGGAUCGGCGGCGAGUCCGAAGCCCUGGUGAGACUCGAACGUCACCUCGCGCGUAAAUAUUGGGUAGCAAGCUUCGGGCGUCCCAAAAUGACGCCGCAGUCGCUUCUCGCGAGUCAGACAGGCCUCUCACCUUAUCUCCGUUUCGGCUGUCUCAGUACCAGACUUUUCUUCUACCAGCUGACGGACUUGUACAAAAAGAUUAAAAAAGCCGUGCCGCCAUUGUCACUUCACGGGCAGCUGCUUUGGCGAGAAUUUUUUUACUGCGCCGCCACGCGGAAUCCUAACUUCGACAGGAUGCAGGGUAACCCGAUUUGCGUUCAGAUACCGUGGGACAAGAAUGCCGAGGCGCUUGCCAAGUGGGCGAACGGUCAAACAGGGUUUCCCUGGAUCGAUGCAAUUAUGACUCAGCUGCGAGAGGAAGGCUGGAUUCAUCAUCUGACGAGGCAUGCAGUCGCCUGUUUCCUAACCAGGGGGGAUCUCUGGUUAUCCUGGGAGGAGGGGAUGAAGGUGUUCGACGAACUUCUCCUGGAUGCCGACUGGUCCGUGAACGCCGGUAUGUGGAUGUGGCUCUCCUGCAGUUCGUUUUUCCAACAAUUCUUCCACUGCUACUGCCCAGUCCGGUUCGGCCGUAAAGCCGACCCCAACGGCGACUACAUAAGGCGCUAUGUGCCAGCCUUGAAGAACUUUCCGGCAAAGUACAUACACGAGCCGUGGAACGCGCCGCAGAGCAUCCAGCAGGCGGCCAAAUGCAUAAUUGGAAAGGACUAUUCACUGCCGAUGGUCGACCACGGAAAGAGUUCCCGGAUAAAUAUCGAGCGUAUGACGCAGGUCUACCAGCAGCUCAACAAGUACAGGGGAAAUGGGUCCUCAGGCACGAGGGGAGACAAAAUAGAAGGACUGUUAAACGGUGCGCCAGCGGCAGCCACGCUCCUCCAGUGUGAAGACGAUGAGAAAAACAAGCAUCAGACGACGAGUAACCCAUCCCUGAGUCCUGCUAGACAUCGGAAAAUCACUGGUAGCACCUUAUCCAUGGUCACCCUUCGCCAGCCGGACCAGACCGCUGAAUUCCCAUCCGCUGGAAAUGACUGAUCAUCGCCUCUUCCUUCUUACGGGGAUUCUGUUGAGUCGUGUACAUAAACAGACAUACUAUGUAUGUAAAUAAUACUAUAAGUAUACAUAUAGUAAUGUACAUUAUAAUUGUUGCUUCGCCGGGUGAUGAUGCAUCAGAUCGACAUUGGCAAAGAAUUUGCUGUUCAAAGUCGAAUCAGCUCGAGAUUCUUAAUCACCUUAGAGAGAUCGAUUUCGCGACGGAAAUAAAAAUGUCACUGUCGAGAAAAUUUCUUAAAAUUAACAACUGGAAUGAAAGGUUUACAUCAAAAUAGCC